CCCCUCCUCAUAGCUUUAAAACAUCCUGUCAAAUGGCGGCAUCGUCUCAAAAACAACUCUCAAUGCUCUUCCUAGGAUAUGUCCUUCUCGUGCUUAUUAUGCAAGAAGUGUCUCGUCCUGCUUCAUCCAAAAGCUCUCCUCUAGUGGCCUUCGCUCUUUCAGGUAGCCAAACAAGAGAUGAGGAAGUGGCGGUACUCCUAAAAUGGAACUCUAAGCUCAACAGCGAGAGUCGCUCUAUCUUGUCUUCCUGGAAUGGAAGCGACCCUUGCUCUUGGCGCGGACUCAGUUGCAAUCCUCUUGGGAGCAUCAUCAGUUUGAACCUCUCGAGCUCCGCCAUCCGUGGUACGCUUCACGAUCUUGAUUUCUCCUCAUUGCCCAACUUGGUCACCCUUAAACUUGCCAACAACUCACUCUUUGGGAACAUCCCCUCGAGCCUCGGCAAUCUUUCCAAGCUUGCUUACCUAGACUUGUCUCAAAACCACCUCUCUGGACACGUUCCGACCCAACUCGGAUCGAUGUGGUCUCUAGAAGUUCUGGAAUUUUCGUCGAACAACAUCACUAGUCCAGUCCUCGGCUCUAUAGGAAGUUUGAGUAACUUUACUGGCUUAUACCCUCAGAACAAUAAGAUCUCCGGGUUCAUCCCUCCAGAAGUAGGUAUGCUCAAAUCUCUCAAUUAUCUGUUUCUACAUAAGAACCGCAUCACCGGUCGAAUUCUUUCUUCCAUUGGAAAUAUGAGCAGCUUGAUGAAGUUAUGGCUUUUCGAUAAUGAUCUGGUCGGGUCCAUUCCAAUGGAAAUAGGGAUGUUGGAGUCUCUUAGUGAGCUUGAUUUAUCAGAAAAUUAACUCAAUGGAUCUAUCCCUCCAACUCUAGGAAAUUUGACUAAUUUAGCAUUUCUUUACUCCUAUGGAAACCAACUUUCUGGCCACAUACCUGAAGAAGUUGGAGGAAUGAGAUCCCUCAUACAUUUUCAGCUGUUAAACAAUAACCUCUCAGGAUCUAUCCCGGAAACGAUAGGGAAGUUGGGCAACUUGACCAUCCUGUUCCUCUCUGGAAACAAUAUCACCGGCCCUGUACCUUCUAGUAUCGGAAACUUAAGCAAGAUCAAUGAAUUGUACUUGCACCAAAAUAAGUUGACUGGCUCGAUUCCGAAAGAGAUGGGGAGACUGGGGCUCCUUGCUUAUCUGUCUCUAAUUGAGAAUAGCCUUGAAGGCUCUCUCCCCAUUGAGAUGAAAAAUCUCACAUCCCUUACAAGCCUACAACUCAACGAUAACCAGUUUGUCGGCCAAUUGCCACCGGAUAUAUGCAACGGUCGAGUUCUUAAAUAUUUCGGUGCUGCAAACAAUCACUUCACGGGACCGAUACCGCAAAGCCUAAAAAAUUGUACAAGUUUGUAUAGAGUUAGGCUCCAAAAUAACCUGUUAAAGGACAACAUUACUGAUGUUCUCGGCACAUACCCCUACUUGGAUUACCUUGAGUUGAGCAAUAAUGAACUUUAUGUAGAGCUUCCACCGAGAUUGGGCGAUUGGAGCAAUUUGACAAGCCUGAAAAUCUCCGACAAUAAAUUAUCGGGCAAGAUACCACCUGAUCUGGGAAAGAUGACUCAAUUGCAUGUACUGCACGUAUCUUCAAAUAAUCUUGUCGGGGAAAUUCCAAAAGAACUUGGAAAAUUACAGCCUCUGCUGGAGCUUUGGCUGGAUGGCAACCAUCUCGCCGGCUCUAUUCCUCGCGAAAUUGGAGCAUUAUCUGACCUAAAUCAAAUCAAUGUUGCGGGAAACAAGCUAAGUGGCUCAAUCCCCAGAGAACUUGGGCAGUGUUUGAACCUUCAGUAUGUAAAUUUAAGCAGAAAUAAUCUUGAGCAGAGCAUUCCGAUUGAGAUUGGCAACCUGCAUUCUCUUCAAAGUCUAAAUCUAAGUCGAAAUUUGCUUACUGGAGAUAUACCUCUACAACUUGGAACAUUGCACAGUUUGGAAACACUCAAUCUCUCACACAAUCAACUGUCUGGUUCAAUUUCACCGACUUUGGAUGCUAUGACAAGCCUGACAUAUGUUGAUGUAUCCUAUAAUGAGUUAGAGGGUCCUUUACCAAACAUUCCAGCCUUUCAUAAUGCUACAAUGGCUGCUAUAAGAGAGAACAAAGGCUUGUGCGAAAAUAUUAUGGGUCUCACGCAUUGUCCAGGGACGGAGACGAAAGGGAAAGACGGAGACAAAAAUUUGCUGCUCAUUUUACUCCCUACAUCCGGUUGCCUGCUUGCUUUGUUUCUUUUGGUGGGAGUUUCAUGCAUUAUAUACCGAAGAACAAGGCAAGGAGAGACUGACUUGAUAGAAGCGAGCAGUAAAAGUAUGCUCGAAAUAUGGAGCUAUGAUGGAAGAACGGUGUACAAGAACAUUAUUGAAGCCACCGAGGCAUUCGAUGCCAAAUAUUGCAUCGGCGUGGGAGGACAAGGGAGUGUUUAUAAGGUCAAGCUGCAAACGGGUGAGAUUGUUGCUGUUAAAAAUUUGAAUGGAGCGCCAGAUGUUGAAAUGGCUAGUUGAAAAGCAUUCGAAAGGGAGAUUCAUUCUUUGAUGGAAACCCGACACCGAAAUAUCGUCAAGCUGUAUGGCUUUUGUUCGACCUCUCGCCAUUCUUUUUUGGUUUAUGAGUUUCUUGAAUCGGGCAGCUUGGAGGAUAUUUUGAAGAGGGAACAAAGGAUAAGAAUGUUCGAUUGGAAUAAGAGAGUGAAUGUUGUUAAAGGUGUGGCUAAUGCUUUGUCCUACAGGCACCAUGAAUGCUAUCCUCCUAUAAUUCAUCGAGACAUAUCGAGCAAGAACAUUUUACUAGACGAAGAAUAUGAAGCUCACGUCUCGGACUUUGGCACUGCUAAGGUUCUAAAACAUGAUUCAUCCAACUGGACUUCAUUUGCAGGCACAUUUGGAUAUGCAGCUCCAGAACUCGCCUACACAAGGGAAGUGAACGAGAAAUACGAUGUCUAUAGUUUUGGAGUCGUAGCAAUGGAAGUGAUAAUGGGAAGACAUCCGCAAGAUCUCAUAUCAUCUCUCUUGUCCACAUCUCUACCAUCAUCGAGUGAUUCGACAAUCCCACAUUGCUCACUGAAAGAAGUUUUGGAUAAGAGGGUUCCGUACCCUGAGGGCGAUUUGCUAGGGGAAGUGGCUCUCAUGACAAAGAUCGCAUUGUCAUGCUUGAGUCCCAAAUCGGAGCAUCGUAUGAGCAUGUGACAAGUUUCUCAAGAGUUAUCAGCACAUCGUUCAUUCAUGUUAUUUUCGUUAGAGAAUAUAAUAUUGGAAGACUGAGCUAAUAUUAGAGGCUUCACUUGUUGAGCAAUUCUUGUCAUGUCUAUACAUUUGUAUUAGUUAUCAAUGUCAAAUAUCGUUCCAAUAAUAUUUCAAUGUGAUUAAAAAGUACUUUUCAUGGAAAA